AUGGCUACAAUCGGCAAUGAGGAGCUGCACCUGGGAUCCCCCCACGGGAGUCCCUUUGCCCAGCAAGACGGGCGGCUGCAGAGAGACCCGGCACCACUGGGCAGGAGCGCGGACAAGACGCCAAUUUCCGUGGACUUCAGGCCGGUGCCUCCCCCAUCCCCAGGGUGCAGCUCGGAGGAGAGAUUGCGGGUCCCUCCACCCCGUGCGGGAGAGGCACCCGGCGCGGUACCCCUAUCCCCGCCUCUCCAGGCCCCACGGGGCUUGGGGGGGUCAUCACUCGUGUCCCCGCGCCCCCAGGUGGGCACGGCGCCAGUCGGUGCCUCCGCACCGGGCCCGCUCCCGCAAUCGGUGCCCCCGUGCCGGGCCCGCUGCCGCAAACAGUGCCCGGCCUGCGUGCGACCCGCUCCCGUCACCCCUCCGGCUACUCCCACCAGUCUAGUCUUCCGUGCCCUGGCCCUGCUGGGCGUCAGACUCCUCCAGCCCGAACUCCGCGACUCCGCGCGCACGCCCGCGGUCCUGGCGCUGCCCGUCCAGGCGUCCUCUGCGUCCCAUGCCCGCUCUGGACCCUCACUCGGCUGCCCUGUCUCUGCUCCCCUCUCGGGCUCUGUCCAGCCUUCGCCUAUCUCCUUGCGACCACCCUCCAUGCUGAAAGCCAGUGGAAGUUUCAGAGAUAUGCUCCACGCUGGGUUGGCCGCACCUGAUGGAUUUGGAAUCUAUGGGGCCCCUGAGGCCUGGCCAGGGCCUACACCCUCCAGUGAGGCUUCCUACUCCCCAGACAGACGCCUGACUGGGCGAGAGGUCCUGACACCCUUCCCAGGCCUGGGCACUGCGGUAGCCCCAGCACAGGGUGGUGCCCACCUGAAGCAGUGUGACCUGCUGAAGCUCUCCCGUCGCCAGAAGCAGCUCUGCCGCAGGGAGCCCGGCCUGGCUGAGACCCUGCGGGAUGCUGCCCACCUGGGCCUGCUGGAGUGCCAGUUCCAGUUCCGGCAGGAGCGCUGGAACUGCAGCCUGGAGGGGAGGACCAGCCUGCUCAAGAGAGGUUUCAAGGAGACAGCCUUCCUGUAUGCAAUAUCCUCAGCCGCACUCACUCAUGCGCUGGCCCGGGCCUGCAGUGCUGGGCGCAUGGAACGCUGCACCUGUGAUGACUCCCCGGGCCUGGAGAGUCGACAAGCUUGGCAGUGGGGAGUGUGUGGUGACAACCUCAAGUACAGCACCAAGUUCCUGAGCAACUUCCUGGGGCCUAAGAGAGGAAGCAAGGACCUGCGGGCUCGGGCUGAUGCCCACAAUACCCAUGUGGGUAUCAAGGCCGUGAAGAGUGGCCUCAGGACCACCUGUAAGUGCCACGGCGUGUCUGGCUCCUGUGCUGUGCGUACCUGUUGGAAGCAACUCUCCCCAUUCCGAGAGACAGGCCAGGUGUUGAAGCUACGCUAUGACUCUGCCAUCAAGGUGUCCAGUGCCACCAAUGAGGCCUUAGGCCGCCUGGAGGUAUGGGCACCUGCCAAGCUGAGUGGCCCCACCAAGGGCCUGACACCCCGAUCUGGGGAUUUGGUCUACAUGGAGGACUCCCCCAGCUUCUGUCGGCCCAGCAAGUACUCUCCAGGCACAGCAGGCCGAGUGUGCUCCCGGGAGGCCAGCUGUAGCAGCCUGUGCUGCGGACGAGGCUAUGACACCCAGAGCCGCCUGGUGGUCUUCUCCUGCCACUGCCAGGUGCAGUGGUGCUGCUAUGUGGAGUGCCAGCAGUGUGCCCAACAGGAGCUCGUGUAUACCUGUAAGCGCUAAGCUGCUGCUGCUGAGCCUGUGGCACUGCCAGGACUCCCAAGGCCCCUCCAGGGAGGCACACAGAAUACAAGAACACACUGGCCUGCGCUGCUCACCACCCCUCCCUUUACAGACCCUUGCCAGCCUUCUGCUUCCCUCCAUGCUUGGCGGCAGAGAGAAGCAAAGCCCUGCCUGGGAGUCUCAGGGUCCUUGACCUUGUUGAGGAUAUGGAGUGGGAGGGUAGACUGGGGAAGGGAUGUGUAAGGAAAAUAAGGGAGACAGAGAAGAGAGCAGGGGUGAGGUUGGCUGAGCAAUGGAGGAUGUCCUGCCAUCUCCGUUUCUAGGAUUGUCUGGAGCUGGAAGAAAGCAGAGGAAGGAGGCAGGGCAGCUGGGGCAGGUGUCCAUCUAGGAAGCGUCAGUCCAGUCCUUUGGGCCUACCCAGAGGGUGGCGAGCUCUGCCUGCACUCCUCUGGUAGUUUUUAUUCUGCUGAAGAUGGCGGCGGGAGCUGGUUGUGCAGAGCAAGGAAAGUUUUCUGAGCUUGGCUGGACCCAAGUCAGAUGCAGGCCCAGGAGCCCUGUGUCUUAGCUUUGACCUUUCCAGUUUGCCUUAAUUAGGCACCCUUAUGGUCUCCAGGACCAUCCUGCCCUGCUCAUUAUAGAACCCAAUACAGAUAAGAUGGGUGAGUGAGCCAGUCCCCGAGGUGGGCCUCAGAUAGUGCAUCUGAGAAGAGGCAGGGAGUCAUAAAGACCUGUAAUGGCAGCCUAGAGGAGGAUGGGACAGUGCCCUGGUAUCAGGAAGGGGUAUGGCAAGCUCAUUGUUUCUCCUUGCUCUGGAAUAUAUUCUGCCAAUUCCUGGUGGCUGGGGUCCUCCUGGCUAAAGUCCCCAUACCUGCUGGUGACAGUGACAUAGGAGAGCUGUCAGCUCAUGAGCUAUGAUUCUGGUUAUACAUUUGCCCUCACAGUUGCUUAUCUAACUCAGGUUUUGCCCUGGCUGAGACUUUGCCAUGCCUGGCUCCUUAAUGGCCUCCUUCAUUUACAAAUCAAUGUACAAAUUUAUUUACCUGAGGAGUGGAAGUAUUUUUGCUAAUUUCUUGGCUCUUAUGGCCAUAUCCAGUGCCCCCUUACCAAGGCCCUGUUCAGAAGGAGAAAAAGCUGUGUACAUGUCCAGGCAUGCACAGAUGUGCACACCACCCAGCCAGGCACAGGCUUCCCACAGCGCAGAUCACAUCUUCCGUGGCCAGGACGAAGACCUCACUGGGGUCACUCUGUGGGAGGCCAUGUUCUUCCCCAGAGCAGGGUUUGAGGCCAGCCAGGAGGAAAUGACCUCCUUUGGGAAGUCCUUGGCCUCUUGGUGGCCUUGCCACACCCUCUUGUAAGCUUCCUUCCUCCCUGGAUGCAAAGUUGCUGUCCCUCUGCUAAACCAAAAAACUUUGGAAUCAGCCAAUACUCAGCACCUUUGUGGAUGCCAGGGCUGAAGCCAUCAGCAGCCAUAGGAGGGCCUGUGGCUCAGGGGAGGCCAAGGUUGCUAGAAGGAUCUUCAGUGGCAGGGAAGCCACAGGUGACCUGAGAUACCUCACUGGAAUGACAGACAUCACAGAUAAAUGAUGUCAUGGAUCUCAGAAGCCGACCUACAGCUUGACAAGAGGAGAAAAAGAGUUGGGAGUUGGUUUUCUAUGUAUUCUUAUUUUCACUUCAUGGAGACUUUUGUCCUCCUCUUGUCUUCCGAGUCUUGUUCCCCUGUGACACCCUACUCUGCUCAGCUCCAGUUCAGCCCUGGGCAGAAGACAGCAAAGGCCCCACAGGCCAGAAGAGGCGUUUGGGAGCAAUAUCAUCUAUGGCCAACUGGGCAGGGGUACAAGAGGAUAAACGACAGGCGUGGAGGACCCAGGUCAUGGCUGGCCAUUAACACUAGCACCCCAGGUCAUUGGCCGAGGACAGACUCUUAAGGCCCUUGAACUUGUGGUUUCUGCUCUGUCUAGCCCUCUCUUACCCAUUUUCCUUUCUCUUCCAGUUACCCCUAAAGAUCUACCACAGCCCCGCUGGGGCCCCUAGGGAUCCAAGUGACUAAUCUCUCAUUCUGCAGCCUUAGGGAGAUGCUCACAGGGUAUUUUUUUCUACCUCACAGAUUAUAGUUUUUAGGGCAAAAGAGAAUAAUUUAUAUAGCUAAGAAUAUAUGGGAAACUAUUUAUGUUAUUUAUAUGAUUUCUUUAUUUCAUGGGCUGCACAUGUGGGACUCCUAUGUUUCCAGCCUGACCUGAUUAGGGCUCCAUGAGCUGGACACCGGGUGGCUGGAAGGGGGUGGGGAGGAGCUGUAAUAAGCUCCUGCACCCCAGGAUGGUCUUGUCUUAUAGCUGGUGAGCAUGUGUCCCUCCCUGGGCUGAUCCCUGUUGGAUUGGAUCUGAUCCUUAUGACAUCACUAGUGAUUCUUUGCUCUUCUGGGUCCUGGGCCCCUUUCCUCUGGUCUGCAAAAGUGUUUUGCUCUUAAUAAUAACCAGAAUGAGGAUGACCCCACCUGGCAUUUGUAAAGCACUUUCCAUUUUCAGAAACACUUUUAUCUCUUUACUAUUUAAUCGCCAUUGAUUUUCUCACUAUUCCUGUGAGGGAGAUGGGGCUACAUUAGGGAUCCACCUUCCAAAUGGGCCCAGCGAUCUAGCCUGUGCUCAAAGUCACAUGGAAGAGAAUCACUCAGUGAAGAAACAAGCACUGCAGGAGCCAACUUUCCCUUAACUUUGGGAGUCAAAACUUGGGUACCCCUGGAGCCUAAGAACCCAGAGAAGUGGCUCCUUUCCUUACUAUGUGUAACCCUGGCCUUUCAGCUCCGGGUGGCAUGCCCAUAUGUCCUACAAAAAGCGUCCUAGGUCUCCAAGACUGGAACUUUCCUGAAGGCCUGGAAAGAUGAGAACCUCCAUGGAAGUCAUUUCAGGGAAGCCCUUUUUCACACAUUAUCUAAGAUGAUCCAGCUGUACCACUGGGCCCCUCCUAGUCCACAAGUGACUUUGGUUUGCUCUCAUUUUUAUUUGUCUUUUAAAAAUGAAUCAUUCCCCCACUGUUUUCCUGGAUUUUUUUUUCCUAGAAAAAUCAACUAUACUUCCAAACUGGACCCACAGUCAGCUAGUACGAGGGAACCCUACCAGAUCAGAGGCAUGGAUGCUCCCCCAAAUGCCCAGUGCUCCUGUCUUACCCUCCUGCCUGGCCUCUGUGGGCACAUAGAAACUGUCCCCUGGUCUAGAUGAGCCCAGAGGCCCUGACAUCCUCCAAACCCGGCAGACAUGAUGACCACCCAGACUGUACCAGAUCUAGGAAUUCUGUCUUGUUUUCCCAAGUUUCUUUUCCCAAUAUCUGUGAACUUCCAAUGCUUUUGACUCCAGGAUGAUAGUUUAGAAUUACAGCAAGCCCACCUUAUCUGUAGAUAUAUCACAGGUGGAUUUUGACCAAGCUACACACCAUGCAGCUCAUUUCAUGUGGGGAAGCUGUCAGUCAGUCCCACCCACAUUAUUGUCACUCGUGUUUAAUUCUGAUUAUGUGCAGCCAAUAAUGGUCUCCUUGGAACCACAUACCCUUGGAUGCUGAGAGUUCACAGUACAAGGGAGCUUUCAGUCACUGAGGGACAUGACAUUCACUCAGUCACUCAAUGAUUAUUUAGGGUGAAAUGCCAGGGGCCACCUUGGGUUCUAGGAUAGAAGAGUUUGUAAGACCAAGUCCCAAUCUCAUGGGGUUUGACAUUCAGGUGGGGGAAGAAAAUAAACCAAUAAACUAUAUGCUGUGA